ACCACGAGUUCGGCAUCACCUAUAAAAGCUCUUAAGAAAAGCCUCAGUAUGAAUGUAGGCAAAAUUUAUCAAAACUUCUGUUUUGUAUUUUGUCGUGAUUAGUAACCAGUAACGAAGGUGAUACAGUAUUUUAAUCAACAAGCAGGUGUUUAUAUGAUGUCAAUAUAUUGAUAUGCAGUCGUAUUUCAGUCUCGAUAAUGGCUAAAAUUAAAACAAAAUAGAAUACAACUUUUAAAAAAUGUAAACAUCCAGAUGUAUGUCUUUAAGGGAUACAUUUUUCUCUUGCUGUUUACAUUUGUGUACAUUCAAGUACUGACAUUUAAAGAAGUAGACCAAAUUGAUUCAGCGAGUAAAUAAUAUUCCUCGUGAUGUGUUUGUAGUUAUACCUUCAACAUGAUCAAGAUUCUUAAUAUUGUUUAUUUCUGCUUUAUUUUUGGAGUUAUUUACAAAGGAGUUUAAACAAUGAAUUCGAAAGUAAUAUCGCUAAUAUUUUGUCUGUGCAGUCUGCAUGUUUGUUGUUGUUUUCCUCUUUCUGGUGGCCGUUUAGAUUUUCCAGACCCUCUCAACUCCAUCCCUAGUUACCUGCUGUUUCUCGUUUCUGGAGCAUUUUUGAUUCUACUUAUUUAUGCUAUGAUUGGUUGCGUCUGUUGUCCAAAUAAAAGCAUAAAGGCAUUAAGCUACCAAAAUGGUAUGCCAAUUAACGGAUUAAAUGAGAAUAAUUCAUCAUUUGAGAAUCAAACUGAGUUUGCUAUUUUCCCACCUCAUUCAGCGGUUAUUGAUAUGCAACCGGUUGGUCUGCCAGUUUUUGAAGAUAAAAUUACUUUUGAGCCUUUGCCAGAUAUCCUGCCUAGGAAAAUAUCUAAUCAACUAGGAACUGCUUCUUCACGGCCUGCACACUUUAAAAGUUUCUUAAAGAAUGCAGUCUCCCUCCAUGAUUGGUUUGAUGAUCCAAACUGCAAUUUCCCACGUGAUCAGUUGCAAUACAUCAACGAAUUGGGUGUUGGCUGGUUUGGACGUGUUGUUGAAGGUGAAGCAUCGCAUAUCCUCAAUGAAGAAGACAAAACCAAGACCAUUGUUAAAAUAUUGCGUGAGGAAGCUUCACCAACUGAGCACCUAAACUUUCUCUAUGAAGCUCUUCCUUACAGGGAUUUGUAUCAUCCAAAUUUGGUUCGAUUGUUGGGAAGGUGUCUAGAGUCUGAUCCUUUUCUCUUAAUUAUGGAGCACAAUUUAGGAGAUUUGAAAUCUUUCUUAUUGGGAUAUGAUCAAAAAGAACAUUUAAUGAAAAAUGGAAUUCUACUCCGUAUGGCUUAUAACGUUGCUUCUGGUCUUCGAUACUUACAUAAAUGUGGUUUCACUCAUGUGGAUUUAGCUGCUCAUAAUUGCUUUAUCUCUGCUGACAUGACUGCAAAAAUUGGUGAUUAUGGAAUAUCAUUUAACCUACAUAGGGAUGAUUACUACUGUAUCGGAGGCAUCACAUUGCCAAUAAGAUGGUAUUCUCCUGAAACUUUGGUGUGCACAGAAAGUAUAAUUGAAACUAAACCGAUAUCUAAGGAGGCUAACGUAUGGGCAUUUGGCAUUGUUGUAUGGGAAAUAUUUGAAUUUGGAAAACUUCCUUAUGAAAAACUCAGCAAUGAAGAAGUGUUACAAAAAGUACUCAUAGAAAAAUCUGUGCAACUUCCACCCAUCUCUGGAAAUUGCUCUCAAAAAAGUGAAUUAUAUUUAAUCAUGAAAGAAUGCUGGAAAGACGUGAGUUGCCGACCCACGAUGCAGAAAGUUGAAAAGUUCUUGUGCCAGUUGUACAAUGAUCGUCAUAAUCAAAGAAUGCUCGAAUCAUUUGAAGAACGUUGGAAUUCUUUGCCACCCAAGUCCAGCGAUUCCAAUCACUCUACAGUGUCCUACAGAUACAGCAACGAUCUCAAUUAUUCGUCUGAGGGGGACACUUUUUCUUCGUUUGAAAACUCUUUUGAUCUUUUAAACCACAACAAAAACAACUGCAGGCUCUCACCCGGCCUAAACGUCCUAAAUGGGAGCACUGAUGAACUGACAGAAAACGAUGCCUGUAUCUCCUUGGGGGGGCUCUCCGACAAAGAGGACGACUCAGAAAUACCUUUACCUAACCUUUACCUUGCAGACCCUAUUACGGUAGGUGCUGAGACUUCUUUAAAUCAAUCAACAGGCACAUACGAACACAGCAGCUCGACUAAUAUUUACAAUGUGAGACCAGAGGACAAUUACGCUGAUACAAAUGACGGUUCAGAAGAUGAAAAUAGUAAAGUUGUUAUAAUAGAGGCUCCUAAAGCAUUUAGUGAUUUUGGAAAUAAAAAUGAAAUUAUUGAUUACAAUGUUAAUGUCCCCUUCAUCAUUGUUCAUGAAGAACCUUCAAAUGAAGCAACUGAUGAUGCACAAAUUAUAGAUAAUCAAGUGACCAAUGUUGCACCUCCCCGACCCUUUCACUUUGUAUUCAAGGAUCAUGAUGAAGCUAAGUGUAACUCGUUGAAUAAUCAAAAUUUUGAUGAUGAAACUAAUUGCAACUCAUUGAAUAGUCCAAAUUUUAGUAAUGAAGCUAAUUGCAACUCAUUCAAUAGUCUAAAUUUUAGUAAUGAAGCUAAUUGCAACUCAUUGAAUAACCCAAAUUUUAGUGAUGAAGCUAAUUGUAACUCAUUGAAUAAUCCAAAUUUUGAUGAUGAAACUAAUAGUAACUCGUUAUACAAUCCAGAUUUUAGUGAAGAGGCUAAUUGUCACACAUUAAGCAAUCUAGAUGUCAGUGAUGACGAAGCUAAUUUUGACAUGUUAGGUAAUCUAAAUUUCUGUGAAGAAGCAAAUAGUAACUUGUUAAACAAUCCAGAAUUAGUGGAUGAAGCUAAUUGUUUCUCACUAAGCAACACAGAUUUUGAUGCUUUAAAAAAUGAACAGCCAUCAGACAAAUCUUUUAAUGAACAGUCACCAGACGAACCUUUUAAUGAACAGUCACCAGACGAACCUUUUAAUGAACAGCCACCAGACGAACCUUUUAAUGAACAGCAAUCAGGCAAACCUUUAACAUGUCCCAAGACUAGAACUGAUGAAAUUUCGAUGAAUGCAGAACGCAUGUCCGGUGAAUGCGGAAAUGUGUUUGAUGAUAGUUUAGUUCAAAAUGAAAAAAUACUGAAUGAAUGUGCUGCUCCCUCAUUCAAUCAUCCAGAUUUGAGGCCUACACAUGACGAUCAAACAUCAGACGAAACGUCCUCAUCGAGUGGGCCUCUUCAACUUAACAAGUGUGAUAUUUUUAACACAACUGAAAGUACCAUUAGAUUUCCACCUGAUAAUUAUGAGGAUGUAUUUAAUGACAAUUCAUUUCAACACGGAACAGUAAUAAAAGAACCCUCGUUAGAAAAUCCAAAUUUUGUUGUUUUAAAGAGAAGCGACGAUCCCUUAACAACUACCAAUGAAUCUAAUACUUCAGAGUUCUUACCUGUUGAAUGUGAUUCAGUUUUAAGGGUAUUGAAUGAGGAAGAUAAUGAAACAACAAGGUUUUGUUCUGAAACUUCAGGUGGUGCAUCUGUUGAAUCGAUAUCUUACACUAGUCAUAGCAUAGAUGAAGAAGAUUUUAAGACUACUCAUUCAACAUUUGACAUUGAUGACAACUCACCAGUCAAUUUGCAAAUCAAAAGUUUAAGUGAAGUGAUUGAAAAAGCAACGACGGUGGAUAAAAACUGUGCCUUGCCGAUUCUCGUGACAAAGUGCCCUUCUGACGUGUCAUCGGGUAACAACGCUAAGAAAUCUUUAGUGGAUGAAGCUACGAUACCAGACAGUAGAAAUUCCUUCGAUUUUGAGGAAAUUAAACGAAAUUCUGAAGAUUUAAUGGCCGGUGAUCUCGAUACGUCAUUAAAUACAUCUUAUUCUGUUGAGGACAUAAAAUUCUCCAGUAGUGAAAGCACACCAUUUUCAAUGAGUGAAAAUCUCUCCAAUGCUGGAGCAGAAUCCAAUAUCCCUCUUUCAAGAAAUCCAUUCGGCCAAUACAUUAGUUCCAAGCAAGAUGAAAUUGAAGAAAGUUCUGCUGAGCUCGAAGAUCAGGAAAGUCGAAUGCAAUCUGCUGGUAAUUGUAGAAACCCUAAGCAGAAUUCCAGUUUUUUAACCAACUCUGCUCUUUCAAAACACGUUGGUGAUGGUGUGUUCAGUGGUAAAGCCGAACUGCGCCUCAAACCGUAUGAAGGGGAAAUGGUUGUGGAAGAUCUUGAAACCGGCGAGCAAACAAUCAUAACCGAGACUUACUCUGCAUGCGAUGACUUUGAGAACUCAGCUGAAAGCGACGAGAUUCUCAAAAUUAACAUAGAAACAGAUGAAGCAAUUAUUGUCGACUCUUCCGAAGCUCUCGUAGGCUUCGUUCCUAGCAGGUCUAUCGAAUUGCUCCAGGAGUGUGAAAUAAUACCAGUUUUAGAAGUGCCAUAUUCCGAGAAUGAAAUGCCUCCAGAAAUGAACGGCAUUAGUGAGUCACACGAAAAUCAACACUUUCGGAAUUUCUGUCUGCAGAACGAAGUUAUUGAAGAAGAGAUCACGGAAGAAAUCACAACGCCUUCGUCCGUCUGCUCCACCGCUUCCUUCAGCAGUAAUGAAGUAUAUACUGAGGGUGAGGAAAAAAUGUCUCAGGGAUCAGAAUCUUAUCACCAAAUGGAAGAAACUUCGAUCUUGCCAGUCAUGGAACAGUUUUACUCCGAGAGUGAUGAAGGCUCAAAAACUGACAUCAGUAACUCUUGCUCUGAUGAGGCCCUUGAUACGAGGCACUAUUUGACAGACUUAGAAAACAAUAGGUUGCCAGAUUAUCAGGAUGUUAUGCAUUCCUGGCAACCUUUGCAGGCUAUAAGAUGGAAUUCUGAUGAGACAAUUGAUUUGGAAGAAAAUAUUUGUAACCCAGUCAUUAAAUUAGAGGGUCAAGAAAUUUUGGCUGGCUGCAUGGCAGUGAAAGACAUCACAACUGCUCUGUCUCAAAUGAAAAAAGAAGAUUGCCUUAAUCUUAAAAUUCUCGAAGGGGUUUCUCCCUACAGUAGCGUGGAAUCGUCUCCUUGCCGAGACAGCGUCUACACGCCAGACUUUGAGAGUGAAAGUGAUGACACCGGUGGUAGAAGUAGUACCUCUUGCAGUUCUACGUCAGGAUCCUUUGAAUGCAUCCACAACAAAUUCAAAAACACGAUGGAUGUGUCGGCCAUCAUCGACGAAACGGAAACUUCUCCUUUCAGCAAACAAGAACCCGAUGCAACACAAAUUUUUUCUAAAACUUGGAGCUGCACUGCAACUCCUACCAAAAGUGUUCUGGUCUCCCCAGAAAAAAAGUUCAGUUCUAUGAGGAAGAGUGUUUCAUUUCAUGAAGAAGAUCCACAAGUAGUGUUUGAGUAUCCCCCGGCUACUUACAGCAGUGAAGAAGAGGAAGAAGAGAAGGGCAGCAUGCAUGGACGUGUUUUAGGCUGGGACAUUGACUUCAACAAAUAUGCUGACUGGGAACUUGGAGAGAUUGAAGAAGAAUUCAAUCCGGUUAUGGAAAUUGAAGAAUUAGAUUCUGAACCUUAUGUUCGCCGUCCCACUUCAUCUUCGACUAGGCCUUCGACUAUCUACUCAUUGACGUCAGAGCUUUCAGAUGAUGACGACAUUGAUACUUCUAGGGCACCUUCCAAUUCUCCUGAGGAAGGUAGGUUUGCUCUGUCUGAUUUGGAAAUGAGUCAACUAGUUUGCAAUCAGCUCAAUAAACUUGUCUUUGUCGAGAGGGACAAAAAAUCAGUUCCGGAAUGCGUUGAAUCCGUCCCUAAUUCAACCCAAAAUGAAAUCAAUUUUCUUACUCCUUCAGUUGAUGUUUUCAAUCAUGAAACUUCUUCAGAGGCAGCUGACAGCCGGUUUAAUUCUUCAAAUGCAAUUCAUUCAGAGGAAGAUGCUGAUGAGGACAGAGCAGCAGAUUUCAACAGUGGUGAGGCAGGUUUUUCUCAGAAUGACGUAAGUAAAUCUUCUGACUUCAAUGAAGCUCCCUGCGAAACAUUACCUGAUGGAAACCGAGAAGAAAUUAAAUAUAAUUCUGUACUUAACAAUACUUCGGGUGCCAUAUUUCCUUCCCAAAGACAUAUUGUUUCUGAUUCAAAAUUGGAUUCAGAUAGUAAGCUUUUCGAGGCUGAUUCGAUUUUACAAAAUAAUCGCUUUCAAGUAGAUGCGGUGUGCGAAAAAGACGUCCAGGAUUUGCUUGAAGAUGUCGUUGCUCAAAUAAUAAAUAAAUCUGUUUAUAUUGACUCAGUUCCUGGUGAUGAUUCAGUUCAGAAAAAAGAAAGUGCCUUGAAUCCUGUUCCAGAAAUAAUAAUAACUCCUGCAGCAGCAACUGAAGAGGAUGAUCCGGAUGGGGAGUCUUUACUCCGGCAGCUAUUUCGUGGUGAUUCUGAUUAUGUAGAAGCUUUUAACUUUGAGUUCAAUAAUGGAGACUUUUUUGAAGACAUUCUUGUCCAGGAAUCCAGGAUAUCCUCCUCUGAUCUAGACAUGAUUGAGAAGUCUGAUCCUGAGCAAUCUAGUCCUUUGUAUUAUGCAUCCAGAGACACCACACACCUUUAGAUAUAUCUAUACAUAUAUAUGUAUAUCUAUAUAUAUACACAUACACACCCCGUGGCAGAAUGGUGACGACACGGUGACAUUUAAUCAAAGAAUGAAACUAAUUUA